CUUGCGCCCUGACAGCUGCUGCUAAACCCGACCGAUUCUCUCGACCACAUCUCAGGCUUCAUCUCAACCUGCCACCCUCCCAAGCCUUCCGGAGACAUCAAGCCGCAAUGGAAGUUUCUAACAACCGCCUGUUCCGCUGGUCCAAGCCUGAGUGGCUCAACAACUCCACCGUUCGCAAUGCGGGCGUCUAUACUUCGGGUGCCUUGUUUUCUCUAGGUCUCUUCUUCCUUGUCGACGCCGCCGCCUUUUCCCACAGCUCCCUGAAUGGCUCGUCCGUGCACGUCAAGUUCGUGGACUGGAUUCCUGGAAUCUGCUCCGCCCUGGGCAUGCUGGUGAUCAAUUCCAUCGAGAAGUCGCGUCUGCAGGCCGACAGCUUUAGCUAUAGUGGAAGUGGAGUCGCCUGGAAGGCGCGCUUUGUGCUCUUCCUUGGGUUCGCACUUCUGGCAGGAGGUUUGGCUGGCAGUGUGACCGUCAUGGUUCUCAAGUACCUCAUCAAACAAUACCCGCUGCAGACCCUCUACUUUGGCAUUGCCAAUGUUGUUGCCAACGGACUCAUCAUGCUGAGUUCGGUUGUCCUGUGGGUGUCCCAGAACAUAGAAGAUGACUUCACCUACAACCUUGCGUUGUGAGUGGGUUGACUCACGUUACGCCUGCCUCUAUUGUUACGAGAUUUCCUUAUGAUUGGCUCUUUUGUGUGGUCUUUUUGUCCUAUUUGUUGUCGCCGAUGGCAUUUCUAGAGAUUGGUCGGGGCCCUUCGUCUGUUACGCUCUCUAGAUCCACCCCCUAGCCAUCGGUAGAAUUUCUAGUCAAAUAUCAAAACGAGCGUGUUGACUUAUUCUCGAGGCGAGUGUAAUUGAGGGGAUUGGAAAGGCAAGGGCUGGGACUAGAAUCCGUAGUCAAGUCUGCGGUGGGGAGCAGACCAUGCAAGGUACCAACUUUAAAG